AUGGAUGAAGCCCCAGUGUCUGCCGACCUGGCUUUGCAAGAUCCUCAUAUCGUCCGCGCCGAUGAGGUCGAUCAAACUGGGACUGACAUCAGUCCGGUCUCGGACGACCAGCUGAUGGAAGAGGUUGCCGAGGGCCUCAGACAGGAGCAAGCCUCACAGGCUGCACAACCUGCUGCGUUGGGUGCACCCUCGGAGCCCCAACAUCUCCCCCGCCGUCCUGAACUGCGUCGGGAUGGAUCUGCGCCCCCGCCUCCUCUACAGCCACCUCCGCCGGCCCCGAUCCAGCAGAACAUGGAACGGCCUCCAGACUCUCUCAGUUUGGCACAGCUCAGGCAACUCGUCCAGGAAAUGCCCAAGGUGGAACAACCUGCCUACGCCUUUGAGUAUGCCGAUGCGCAGCCAUUCGCAGAGGAAAUUGAAGAAUGGUUUCAGUACAGCGACUUUGAUAGAGCUAUGCUCCUUGGAAUGAGGUCGUCUUUCGACAAGAAGUGGAGCUCGUUCUGCCAGAGUCAGCAGACUGAGACGCGGGUUUCGUGGAUAGAUGCCCCGGGUGAUCUACGGAAGCAGUUCAUGAGUGAAUUGAUUACAAGCCUUGGGGAAACUGCAGUAUUUCCUCGCAUCGAAGCCUUGGAGGCCAUAUGCUAUGCUGUCACUGGCGUCUGGGCAAUGACUGCCGGCAGAGCUACGGAUGACUAUCCCGUGGAUGAGUCUCAGGCAGUGGAUCCCAAGCCCAAGUCGCUCCAAAUCAAGUGGAUGGAAACUAAUGUAACCUUAUUUUGCGAAUGCGCUGGCAUCGAGCCAUUAUUCGCGUGUCUAUGUCGAGCCUUCGAGAAGACUCGGAACCCCUCCAAUAACGAUAUGGACCAUGCGGGCGUCGAAGCGAAUCAAGCCUCACUUGCUGUUUCAGAACGGGAGGCCAAUCUUGUUCUCACGGCUUUCUAUUUGACAGUAGAGGUUGGUCGAAGGCAGGAAUCCCGUGACCCUUCGAAUGCACCUCUCAGGGACGCCCUCAUGGACUUGAAACCUAACCUGCUAGUGUUCUUGGUUGAGAUCAUAGCACGAUUGCGCUGGGACGAUGCCACGAAUGUUCCGCUCACGAGAAUCAUUCUUCUCUUCUGGAAGUCUCUCCUUCUCUUUUUCGGCGGCAGCGACAGCUUGAAGAAAGCCAAGGAAGAACUGGAGCCGUCGUUUGAAAAUAAAGAGGAUGCCUCUUCUCGGCGGACCCCCUUCCUCACUGCAUCCCCUCUCGACUAUCACGCCUUUCGACAGGAGAUCACAUCCAAAUACCCAUCAUACAACCCGCCUCCACCGGUGGUCCCUCUGGAGUUAGAAAACAGCUCUAUCCUUCCUCCUCUGCCGCAACACCCGAGUCGAGCAGUCUCCUCCAACGGCCUCUUUUCCGGAGUUGGACCCUCCGUUGCAGGUGGAAAUGGUUCGAUCCUUCACCAGUCUGUUCAUAUUGCGACCCCGGCACCAUCACCUCCCCCUUCUCCCAUUGGGCCUGGAGGCAAAGCCGGAAAGAAACAAAACUAUCAGACUAACCAAAACUUCCCCUUUAUGUAUCCUCCCCUCGACAAUUCCAGCAACGACCUCGGUGGGAAGGGCACUACUGAGCUCCAGGAUGUGUUGGUGGGAAAGAAGUGGGAAGGGAGCGAUGUCCCCGCAUCGAUUAUUGAAGCCGGCAAACUGUUCUCCAGUCGUGUGAAGAUGACGCGGGCCAUGCGUCAACUCUGGGAAGAGCGGGAGCGAUUUAUGAAAUAUGAUCGUGGUUGGUGGCUGGAUGACAGCGGUAAUGCAUCGGAUGACGAUGUUCAAGAUGAGCUUGCCGAAGAGUUGGAGGGUCUUGAUCUUCAGACAAAGAAAAAGUCUGGUCCUACAUGGCCUUCGCAGAAGGAAACUGAAAAUGAAGAUAUCCAACGACGUCUGGACGCCGUUGAAGCUUUUUACACCGAAGCACUUGUGCAUCUCCAGUCGAUUACGAUUGUCUUCUUAAAGGUCAUUUUGACAAAUGUCAGUGCGAUGGUUAAUCAGGCCAACGGGCAAAGUGGCCAGAGCAGGAGCGAUAGUUACGGGGCAGUCAAUGGGCUUGCUCGACACGAAGCGGCUCUAGAUUUCGACGCUGUGAUUGAUGAGCUUGAUAAUAUCCGGCUACGUGAGAUCACAGGCAAAGCCAUCUCAGGAUCGCUGCUGCUGUUAGUCAAGUGGUUCAAGAGAUCUCAUAUCCUGAAAUUCGAGUAUAUGACGCAGCUGCUACUGGAUUCGAAUUACCUCCCAUUGAUCCUGAAAAUGUUUGCUCACCAGGAUAUCGAUCAAGCGGUAGCACAGAAAAAUGACCGGGAGGAAUUGGGGUUCUUCCAUUUCUGCCAUGUCCAUUCGGACCAACCGCCCGAGUCACCGUCAACGGACGAAGAGUCCAGCGAGGAUGAGGCCGUUCCUCCUCCCAUCGCUCGACACCGUUCCGACGCCGCAGCAGGCAGCACGUCUGUGCGAGGCCCGUCUCCGGAGGAACCCAGCCCUGACUUUGGCGACGGUCCUCAUCGCCCGGAGGUUGACGAGCUGGGCUACCCGACGGCACCGCCGCCCAAGGAGCCGAUCAAGGUGUUCUCGUUCCGCAACUUUUUCUCCGCCAUUAAUUAUCUGCAUAUAAUGCAGAAGAUCACACGGAACAAGGCCCAUCGGUGUCUUCUACUCGUUCAAUACAAAUCGAGCACAAUUCUGCGGAAGGGACUCAAGAUCCCCGAUCCUCAUUUGCGAUUCUACACCCUCAAGCUGUUCAAGUCGCAGGUCCCGUACUGUGGCCCCAUCUACCUCUACUGUCGACCGGAACUGCGCGAUGACUGGCUGGCCGGAUCGGAUAUCGAUGCUGAGGUUGAGGAGGCUCUUCCUCUGGAGCAAGCGCUGCGCGGUCUCACACAUUGGUGGCAUCUCCGCCGUUACAAGGACGUGAUGGGCGGCGAAGAGGGCGCUUCACUCAUGGAGGAGGAGCGGGACUUCUUUGUCCGCGAACUCGAGUCUAUGGGAUGGGGGUUUGCUGGGGAGGAGAUGCUGAACGGUGAGGACGACAUGGGUGGGUCUAUGAUGAAUGGAACUGAAUGGGAGGGCGCACCUAUGCAGAUGGAGGGAUGGUGA